UCUCCCCAGCAAGUAGCGAUACUGAUUAAAGCCUUGUCACUUCUUGGUUCCAUACGAUAUACGACCAAUCAGGAUGUUACCCACUGUGCGCAAGAACCCGAGGUCCGAAGAUACAAGCAUGAACGGAAUUCCAAACAGAUCAAGGAGUCCUUGAGUGUCCAAGCCCAGGUCGCUCUGAAACGUCAACGAAACACCGACGCUGCACGAAGAUCCAGAUUACGGAAAGUGAUGAAAAUGGAUGCUCUUGAACGAAGAGUGCGCGACCUGGAAGUCGACAACAGUCAGUUACGGUUACGAGUGGCCUCCAUUUCCGAAGAUAUCAAAGAUACCAUUACCGAAGAACAGCGAAAACGACAACGUAUCCAGGAAUUGGAAGCUCAGUUGGCCCAAGUGCAUCAAGCCCUUCUC